AUGCCCAGAUAUCGAGCUGUGCCGUCACUGCAGAGCCUCUCCUUGAAAGGAAUUGGCUCCUUAGUUGAAUCCUUGCAGCCCAUACUUGUUUACAAUACCCUAUUAACGUCAGACUCUCAAAGUAUCGUCAGCAACUUGCAACAGCAGCUUGACUGCCUCACCAACUUAUUGACGUCGCAUGUUCCUUUUUAUUUGUACGAUUCUAUGGCUGUGGAAGUUUUGAAUUCUGUCACGAAACUGGUGGAAAUCACUAAGAAAAAGUACCGUCCUUUUGCUCAGAUCUCCGAGUUCUUAAUGGAAAUGAAUAUCGUUUUGAGUUUAACAGAGGUUGUGCUUACAAGUCACAUGAAACGUUUGGAUUUUUCUUUGUGGCCGAAAAUGAUGCGCUAUAUUUUGUUUAAAAAGCUCGAUCAAACGAACGGCUUGGAGUAUUUAAACCUAGGCUCGUGCACUGGCGUCUGGCGCACUAGCGACAACGACAGAUUUAUGAUUAACACCAUGUCGCAAAUGAGAAAUCUCAAAUUUCUUUGCCUAUGUUUUGAUUGCACGGACAUGAUAAUACAGGCCAUAAGCGAAAACUGUCCGUACAUUCAGUCGCUCGAUGUUACUUCCUCUAAAUCCGUGAGUGACAGGAGCGUGACAGCGCUAGCGAAUUGCAAACAAUUGACGGAGCUCUUUUUGCAUCAAACUUCGGUGACUACACAAGGCCUAGCCGAUGUGAUAAUGGGCCUGCCCAGAUUGCAAAACAUCGGCAGAUGCGAUGAGUUCGGGUACAUAUUGACGCAUCUGCGGCAAAUCCCAAACUAUAACGAGGAGUUACCCCUAAAAAAGGUCCACACGCGCGAUAUGACGAACGUGAAUAUGCAUGUUUUAGUCAACACCUUUCCGCAUCUCGAGUCCUUUUCCUUAUUUCUAAACGAUAACGAAAUUAUCGACUUGAGAAUUUUAAUAUCGCUUAAUAAUUUGAAAGAACUGAAAAUUCUUUCGGGUGCUUUUCACGCGCAUUUUUUGGGCGAAUUGCUCGAAGCCAGAGGUUGCCUAUUAGAAACUCUCUAUCUGGAACAAAUGGAUGAGAUGGAUUUAAACGUUGUGAUACUUAUUAGUCAGUGUUGUCCUAGAUUGAAACAACUGGUAAUUUAUAACUGUGAUUUUAGAGAUUCCCUAACAAAUCCUGUUUAUUUGCGGAGUUUCAAGGUAGAGCCUUUUUUCAAUCUCGAAAAGCUAACGUGGAUAGUUGACGGCGCUUUAAGCAUACUAGAAUUUAUACUCAUGAACGCUUUUAAUUUGAAGUCGACUUAUCUUGGCUCGUCCACGGCCAUUAAUCACGCCUCCAUUGUCAAAAUUUUGGGGAAAAAUCCGUUGAGGCAACUUGAGGAGCUUAAAAUUUUGUACAGUCACGAUAUGAACAUGAGGACUGUGCAGCUAAUUUUGGCGAGUUGCCCAAAACUCACAGCUCUCUCGGAACUGGAAGGCUGGCAAGGCAUUCAGCAGGCUGAACUAAAGACCUUCAGACGCCACAUUACGUCCUCAAACUUUGAUUUGGACUUACGACCUACUCUAUCUUUAUGA